UUUCCGACGGCAAUGAAUGCAGCACCAGCUCCACAGAGCAGCGACAGGGAAGUGGAUGACACAGUUUCCGUAUCAAACCCGUCCAAACAACGGUCCUACCAUGGCAACAGCGAGAAUUUGUGUCCUGUUUGUUGUCCUGUGUUCGACUUUAGCAGAAGACUUAAAAUUAAAAUACAAAACUCCCACUGAACCUGUCCGAUUAUUCACUGAGGAGGAGCUGAAGAGAUACGACGGCAGCGAGGAGGGACAGCCCAUUUACAUGGCAGUAAAAGGAGUUGUGUUUGAUGUCACCAAGGGAAAAGAGUUUUAUGGAAAAGAUGCACCAUACAACGCCCUGGUUGGUAAGGAUUCCACUCGGGCUGUGGCUAAGAUGUCCCUGGACCCAGCAGACCUGACAUCAGAUACUACAGGCCUCAGUGAAGAGCAGCUGGAGUCUCUGGACAGUAUAUUUGAAGGCACGUACAAAACAAAGUAUCCCAUUGUGGGUUACACGGCAUCACGCAUCCUCAACGAGGACGGAAGUCCCAACAAAGCCUUCAAACCCGAGGACCAGCCUCAUUUUCAAAUCAAAGAUGAGUUCUAAAUCUCAUUUUACCUCUUUGUAAAAUACAGUGGUGAAAAAGUCUUUUCAUGUUUUCAUGAGUUUUGUUUUGUUUUGUUUUUUGUCUUUUGAAUAUUUUCUCUUGUGAGAAUCAGAGCUGAAUAUGCCAGGGUGCAAUACAUGUACAAGAGAAGAAGAAAAUACACAAUAGAAACUUUUUAAUCAUAUUCAUUACCUGAACUGAAGGUUUACAUGAUCUGUUGAGAGCUUUAGCUGCACAAUUACUUUGAAAUCUUUUUAACACGUAUGAUAUGGUUUUUAAAAAAAAUACAUUUCAUCAAAAUUAGUGAUGGUACAAUAUCAGAUUUUCACCACGAUUAUAAUGGCCUUAAAAAUUCAUGAUAACAAUAUUAUCGUUAUACCUAUAAAAAAUGAAAUAAUAAUGCUAUCAGUCAAAUUCAUCUUUAUUCUGUUUUGAUUGUUAAAUGAAUUACAGUCAAAAUACAAGUGUAGAGAUGUUAAAGACUCUCUCCACCUCUAUACAUAGCUGCACAAAAAACAAGGCAACCCUAUGGCGUUGAAAGAAAUAGAAAUGAUUUAAGAGGCGCUGGUUAUUUACACGAUAUUUUCACGUGUGUUAUUAACAGGACGUCAGUCAUUCCUUUUAAAAUAUCUUGGUUAUCAUCAGUACCUGUAUAUCACAACACAUGUAGUCAUGAUUAAAAUAAGGCUGUUUGAUAAACAUUUGGGAGGAAAAUGAUGCUGACUUUUAAAGAGCCCACCCAGACACUUUCUAAGAAAUAUUGAAAAAAACAUACUGUUUGGAAGACAGAUUUUGUCACUUAAAGGUUCAGGGGAGGAAUGAAAAAACAUCUUUUUAGUGUCAAACUGAAUAUGUGUUAUUCUGCAAAGUGAAGCUCAAACUUCAAAAAUAAAAAUUAAUGAGGGGGACUUAAAUUAUAUGUGUGGUCACAGUGAUCAUCUUCUACCUAUGUCAGAGCAAUUAGAACAAAUGAACGCACAGAAACAUUUUAUUAGCUUCACAGAAAGACAUCUACAGGCCAAAUUAAACUACGCGUGUAAUGGAUUCAGAGUUAUGGCAGUCAAAAAAAAAAAUCAGCUGUUUCAUACGAAUAUUCGACAAUUCAAGUUUUUUUCCCCUGUGAAGUUUAAAGUUUGAACAGGACUCAGCAGGCCGCACAGUAUGGCAGCAGCAUUCAUGUAAUACAGUAAACAAGCUAACGGUGCUAAUGAUGGAUCGGAAAUGUGCAAUAUGAUUUUUUUGUGUCACUUGAAUCAAACAAAAGCCAGAGACUUUGUCAUAUUAAGUAACUGUGAGCUGUAAAUUCACCACUUCCAAGCAGAAGAGAGAAGAUAAUGUUAUCUCAGUGCCUUAUGGUGCAGAGUCUCUCCUCCUCUAUGCUGCUGCAUCACGUUCACAACUGUCUGUACCAAAGAGUAUUGUGAAGUCAAGAGUGCUCCCUGUGCUGCAAAACCGUGGGCCAAAAUAUCCCCAGAAGUUCACUGCACAGCACACUGACUAGCCAAAAAAAGGCCACAAAAAAAACCUGCAGGCUCGACUUGAAGCAAUCUCAGUCGACUGAGUGGUUUCCAACUGAUGAGUUGCAUCUCAGACUUUGAAGGGGCGGCUCUAGAUUAAAUAUUAUCUAUGUAUUUAGACAGAGGGAGUGAGCUGACAGACCAGAUGAGAUAAACUAAGAAAACAUCAGAUUUUAAUAUGGCUGUCACUAGCAAUCAUUGUUAUCACUGAUAGGAAGGAUUUUUUUAAUUGUUUAGUUUAUUUGCAAAGGUAGUGAAAAAUGCCCAGCUCCGACUCCCAGACCUCACGGUAAUGCCUUCACAUAUUUUAUCCAAACCCCCAAAUAUUAAAUUAACAUUGGUUUAGGGACUGUUCUUUAUUUAUUAGAGGAGGGGGUGGUUGCAGUGACUUUUUUUUAGCCUCCCUGAGUGACUGACAGAAAAUCCAUGACUCUCCCUCCACCAUAAAUUAGUUAUUAGAUUUUCAAAAACUAACCUUUGAUGUUUGAAAUUUAAAAGCUGAAGAUGAAAUCCUGCAGUUAAAAAAAGUCUCAGUUUUUCACACCUGUCGUGCAAAUGGUUAAUUUUUGGACAAAUUUUAAAUGAGUAGACUGAAGAGAUAUUGAUUAACUAACACUAUUUUAAGCUCAGAUAAUGUAUGUAAUGUAUUUUUUUUUCUGAUGGAAAUGUUGGUCGCAGGUGAUAUGUCCAAGGACCAUUGGAAAUUUAAAAAGCCAACAAUAAUUUCAGUUUUUACAGUUUCUGGCUGUGAUAAAUGGUGUAAUUUUGGUGAUUUUUUUUCCCCCCAAACUCCUAAAUACAAAAUACAACCAUUUAAAGUUGCAUGCCCCUCCCCAAGCCAAAAUAAAAAACAGAAAGUCCCUCCCCAGUGCUUAAAAUAUUAUUUGACAUGCCUACCUCUUUUUGCACCGCCCCCUCCUGCCUCAUAAAUACCCAACAGUCUCUUAGUGUGGAAAAAAAGAUGAAAGAUGAGAAGCUGAAGCCAAAAAAUAUUUGGAUUUGUUACUUGAUAAAUGAUGAAUUAUUAUCAGAAUUGUUGCAGAUUAAUUUUCUGUCUAUUAACUAUUCCAUUAGUUGCUAUAGCUCUAGAUUUUAGUAUAAAAUGUUGUUGUUAAAUGCACUGAUUUUUAGAGUUUUUGAUUAAAAACUACUGAACCUGCAGCUCUGUGAAUGUUUACAUGAUCAGAAUCAGUCCAUUUUCUUUCUACCUGAUUUUGUUUUUGUACAAUUAUUAUUAAAGUCUGUAAAACU